CCCUCGAAAUCAAAUCAUCCGUAUCCAAACAAGUUUGGAUGUGUGUGCAAUGCAAGGGUGGACGUAAAUGGUUUGCUUAUCCAUUCCCUCCUGAAAAAAAAUUAGAUUUCUGACGCUGGUACCCAAUUCUCCCACUUCAAGCUAUCAUGGGCUUUACCAUUGCUAAACCACCCCUCUAUAAGUUUUUCCGACCAACAAAAUUUGACUUCAACCCAUCUUCAAAAUCGCUUAGGCAAUGUUCAAGCUCCAGACUUUUUAAGGGAUGGCAGCAGCCUGAAUCUGGCAGCAAGAGCAAAAGAGGCUCCUUUAGUAAAGUGAAUGCUUUUCCAGAUUGGCCUUUAAUGGCAGUGUUAGUAGAUCACCUGGACGGCCAAAGAGACCUAGUUACUUACAAGUCCAUAUGGCAUCUUAGUGAUCAAGCCAUAAAGAACGUUUAUGUAUUUUACAUUAUGUUCACUAUUUGGGGAUGUCUGUUCUUCGGUUCAAUGAAAGAUCCAUACUACGAUUCAGAAGCAUACAGAAAAGAUGGAGGAGAUGGUACUGGGCAUUGGUUCUACGAGAAGCAAGAGGAUAUUGAAGAAUCUGCAAGAGCAGAGCUAUGGCGGGAGGAGUUGAUUGAGGAAAUUGAGCAGAAGGUUGGAGGAUUACGCGAAUUGGAAGAAGCUGGCCGAAAGUAGUUUCUUAUGGUUCUGAAUUAAAAACAUGGCUCUGUGAAAUUUUAUGCUGAUGAACUCUUCUAUAUGCUCAUUACGCCAUUUAUAAAAAUAUUUUAAGAAAA